AUGAGCUGCGCAACUGGGGCACACGACACCUCCGAAGGAUGGAGGCUGAUCUUGUCAAAAAUCAGGAAUGCUGCAGACAGAGGGGGCAGCAACAGCAGGAAGCGGGAACUGAGGUCAUGUCUAAAUCGCCAGGGCUUGCAGAUCGUGCCAGUAAUCCGGAGGGCGGUCAGGUGGCUGAGAGACCACGAUUCCUGUACGGUAGAUGGCUUACUCGAGUCUGCUCUAGUUGGAGACGAUAAGAAGACGAGGCUCGCGGCGGUGGGGACGCUUCUGGCCGUGACUGAUUCUCUAGAAAAGGGGUUGUGGCCGAUCAAGGAGGACGGGCUAUCUCCCGCUCGCGGAGCGACUACUAGGCCGGGACCACCAUCGUCGGUGAGACAAGUCGCCGCCGCGGCGAGGAGCGCCAGCGACGAGGUACGGGUGCUUAGCGGGCUCGCGGUGUCUCUUGCUGAGCGCUUCGUGCCGCUGCUAACGGCAAUCGCCGAAGGCAUGCCACCACCACCAUCACGCGUACUCCCACCACAACAGCAGAGAAACGCCUCUGGGACAGGGGCGGGGAUGGAGGCGGCGACAGCGGCGGCGGGGGCUGGGGAUAUAGCGCCCUCGCCAACGGCGGCAGUUGCGAAGACCACGGCUGGGACGGCGGCGGCUGCUGCCCGCCCCACUGCCCUUGCCUGCUUCGCUACUGAGUGCGCCCUCGCGCUGACGUCGGCGUGUGCGUUAGUAGCGUCGGCGGUGGCGUCGUCUACCGGCCCGGCGACGCCUGAGGCCGCGGGCGCGACAGGACCUGCAACAACACCGGUGCCCUUAUCUGCGGCAGCGACAGCAGCCGGAGGCGGACAUACCGACGAGGGCAGCUGCGGCGAGAAGGGGGUGGAGGUGGUACCAGUAGUCGAAGCGGAUGAGAUCUACCGAGAUGGUGGGAGGGGAGAAACCUCUCCGGCGAGACAGGCAUCGCCCGCGAGGUCGCGAGGUGGGCCGGUGCGGGCGACGGAUGGCAAAGAGGAGGGGGGGAAGAAGGGGGCGGGGGAGGAAGAGAAAGAGCAGACGAGGGCGGCGAUUGCGAAGGAGCGGGGGGCGGAAGAGGAGCCGCGCGGCCGAUGGCGAGCGUUGAGAGUGCUGUCCGAGCUCUUGCCCUCGUCCACAAUCCCCCUCCUUGUUUUGGCGGAAGCGUGGCUCGGCGGGGUGGCAGAGGGGGGUGCGUCUGUUGGCGCAGCCGGCAGUGGAAGCGGCGGUGGCAACGGUGACAGCAAGCCUGGUUCUGGUUCUGAUGGACGCGGUCCUGGCGGUGUCCGAGCAGCGUCUCGCGACGGAAACGCCUACAGCGGGGUUUCGGUCCCUUGGGACUGUAGAGGUGGUUGGUCUCGAGCGGGUCGCAGCGCGCGCCUGUCCUUCGGCGGCGUUCGAGGCGCGGUCGCGGGAGAGGGGGGGCGGGGGCUCGCGGCGAAGGCGGUGCGCGAUCUAGUCGCGGUUCUCGUGUCGGCGGUGAACGUUGCCAGAAGGUUGGAGGAGCAAGAUGCGGAGAGAAAGCGUGUGCUUGAGAGAGACGGGCUGGAAGAAGGCGAAAUCUCAUCGCCUAGACACGGACGAUAUGUUGUACUAGGCGGGAUGGUCGAGCACGCAGCUUGGCACCUGGCGAGGACGAUGCCGUGGAUUUUGAGAAACCGUCGUUGGCCUACAGCGCAGCUAAAAGGCGGAAGCGGCCGGGGUGGGUCGGCGGCAGGAGGCCGGAGGGGAGAGGGCCCCGUGAGAUCGGAGCUGCUGGGGUUAGUUCGAGAGCUUCGCGCGUGCGAUCCAAGGGUGCUCGAGAUGGCCGGCAUUGAGCCGCCCGAGGGUGUAGAGGAGGGGCGGUGGCUUACCCUUCGUAACCUCUGCAUCUGCGUCGGUGGGGCAAGGACCAAGGACGUGUUUCGUGCGGGCGUAGUAGGGGGGCGCGCGGAUGGGGACGAUGGUGGUGGUGACGGGGAGGGUGGCGAUGACUUGGUGGGAGCUUUGCAGGAGGCUUUGAUCCGUGCGCUUUGCGGUUCCAAGCCCGAGGCACAGAAGCUUGCUUCGUCGGCUCUGGUAUGGGUCAUGUCUACAGCGUUGGAGGAGACCAAGGACAGAUCCGGCUCGGUGGGGCCCACGAAGGACCGCCUUGAUGUCGGCCCGCUGUUGGGGCUGUUGGGCCAAGCGGGGGAGGGGGGUGGCGAUAGCGGUGCUUCGGAUGCGGUGUGCUUGGUACUGACGGGAUUAGCGGUGAACUACCCCUUGCUCGUCGUGCCGAAGGUGGGAGGGUGUGGUGCUGCGAGCUGCUACUGGAGACCCAGGCGCAGCAGCGGAUACUUCCCCCGGGGAUGUAUCCGUAGCGUCCCCUGGUUGGUCCGCAGCUGCUCGGUUGCGGCUCACCGUGAUUCUCGCAGUCUCGGCAGCGACGACUUGCGGCAGCGUAACAUAGCGUCCGAAGGCCUCGUUUCCUUGGACCCGGGGUGGGCGGUCCCCAGGCUGUGCCGGUGGCUGUCGGGGCGGGAGGCGGGGGAGGAAGGCACCACCGGACGGCGGCAAGACGGCGGCGGCGACGGAGUCUACGACGGCAUCGGAGGGUCUGGAUGGGGAUCACGCGGAAGAUCCGCCGCCCUUCAGGCCCUUGGAAACCUUAUCGUGCACGGACGCGACCCACCGGAUGCCCUCUCCGCCUUGCUGGACUCCCUCCGAAACGAGCCGCCUCCCAAAGCUAUUGGAAACCUUGCCGAAGUCGGUGGGGGAGGAGGCAGCGACAGCGGUGUUGGUGGCAGCGAUGACAGGAAGUCGAAAGGUUUGGUGGGCCGCGUGAUGGGGUCGCUGCCCCUCUGGGCCCGUAGGCUGAAGCACCGCUCGGAUGCCGUCCAUGAGCAGGAGGACGAAUCUUUCGUUGUCUCGAGGCAAGCCGGCCGUAAUCCUGCCGGUGGUCCUUCGGGAGUGGUUGUCGCUGCUGCGGAGGAGGACCAGGAGGACGAGGAGGACGAGGAAGCCGACAAAACACUGACUGCGGCGGUGGAAGUCGCUUCGCCAACCCUGUACGGCGAGUGCCUGGAGGCCGCGGCGAUCAAGGCCCUAGCGGCGCCCGGGGAGCCUUUGCCGGUGCGCUUCUUCGCCGCCCUUGCUGCUGCUACUAGUGCUAGGGGUGGCUGUGUUGACGACGCCACCUGCGCUGAUGACAAGGUCGAUGGUAGAACCAGCGCGGCUGCCGCUUCAGUGGUUCCAACAGGUGCCGAGGACAUUUCAACGGUCACGUUGUCCCCAACGGAUACGUCAGCUGACACGGAAACAUGGCCAUCGACACCUGUUAUUUGCACGGGGGAGGAACAUCAGUCGGGGUUGCUCAGCGCGGAGAGUGUAGCACCGGGGGCAGGAACGGCCGUGGGGGGCGAGGCGAGGGCAGGAAAAAGACGGAGAAGGAGUGAGGGGUGCUCCAGGAGGAGGAGGAGCACCCUUGCGGGGGUGCUGCAGCUCGUUCGCGGGAGGAUGACCGGCCAAGCGCGUUUGUCGGAAGACCUUCUGGGAGACGAGGUGACGCUAGUGGUGAGUCAGGAGGCCUCCGAGACGGUGAGGGCGCUCCUGUUCUGCCGCCUCACCCCGCUGCUCAUCCUCAACGCGCUGCCCCCGGUCGCCCUGCUGUCGGAGGACCAGCAGGAGCAGACAAUGUCCAUGGAGUUCUCCAAAGAAGAUUUUCAUGUUUCUGGAGUAGGGUCCCGUCGCCAGGGGUCUCCAGUCGCUGGCGGGAGUGAACCGACAGAAGGGGGCCCUCGUUCGUGUGGGUUGGGGGCGUGUCUGGAGGAAAUACGGGCCCUCCUUCUGGAGAGGACGGAGCAGCUGUACGAGUUUGACCAGAUCCAAAGAAUGUCCGCGGAAGUCUCCGGGAUUCUUCCUCCUCGCCUCGUCCUUCCCGGUGUUGUGUCGAGAAUAUUCCGCUUCUGCGAGUCGGUGGAGGGGUCGUCGUCGGAGGAUCCUGGUGCUGAACACCAAGGGGACGAUAGUGUCGAGUCCCGGGGUACCCUCGCUUCGAGGGCGCUCUUCACAGCUUGCCACGCGGCCACGAGCCACGGGGCUUCGGUGGGGUCUUGGCUGGCACCGCUUCUUUCGGCCAUAAUCCGAGUCGCGCUGCUCCCGGUGACAUCGGACGCGGCCGACGACGUGGCACACGUUCAGAAAGCAGCGAUGAACUGCCUUGCGGUUCUCCUCCAGUCCUCGGCGCAAGCAACCGCCACCACCAGCGCGACACUUGAUCUCGCUUCCAAGGCCUUCGAAUGGGAGAUCGCUAGUUCUGUCGUCCCAGAAACGGACAUGGUCUCGUCAGCCGCCAUCCCAUCUGGGAUUUUUCCUCCCAUGGGGAUUCGAGACGUUCCCGAGUUUGUAGGGAGCGUGGCGAUCUGGGGCGUGCUGCCCGAACGAUUCAGCGGUGGGGAUGAAGGGUCUUGGCUUGACAAGUCAUUGAAGGAGGCCUUCCGACGAGAGGGGGCACAGAAAAACGGAGAAGAAAUGGGGGCGGAAGGGGGGAGUGAUGAGGGUGGCACUGGCGGCGGACGGGUUCCGGCAUUUCCGGCACAGCUGCGCAUGUGCUUCGCGAAUUCCGUGGUCACGGUGGCGAGGCGGUGCCCGCCGGAGUUCCUGCCGGCUCUUUGCAGCCGCGGGAAUCUUCUGGGAACGCUGCUGACGGGGGCGUCUCGUGGCAGCGGCCUGCUUCGGGCGGCUUGCCUACAGGCCUUGUUCGCGCUCGUGUACCGGACAAAGAACGUGUUUGAAGGCGGCGCCAUCAGCGGCAGCGGCAGCCGGGGCGGCGCGAGCUGCACGUGCGAUGACGUCAUGCAAGUGGCGUGCGAUGCGCUCGGAAAGGAUCAGCACCCGGAGGUCCGCGUGUCAGGGCUGAAGCUCCUUCUUGGUGUAGUGGCCGCUGGAGCUUCCCCGAGCGCUGCGGCGGCAAAAGCUUCACCGGUCCCAUCACGGGACCCCCACGAACAACCCCCCAACUUCAUCUCCGAUGUUGGUGCUAGCGGGAAUGAUAGAGGUAUCACCGAAAUUCGCGGUGGUGGUGGUCCCGAUCGUGGUGUUGAUGAUGGCGUUGGUGGUGACGGCCGUGUUCGGGGUGAUGGGGGUGAUGGGCGUGUCGGUGCUGGCGUCAAUGAGGCCGCCUCUGCAGGAAUUCCGAGCGGGACCGAGAGCGCGAUGAACUUGAGCGGUUCAAGGCAGAGAGGGACCGCAGGGAUACGGGAAGCGAAAGCCUUGAUGAUGCCAGACCGGCAGAGCGACAAAAGUACUGGUACCCUCGCCACCGCCGCCGGCGCCGGCGCCUCCACCGGAAGAAGCGUCUUAUCGCCAGCGGUGAUGUCGAGAGCGAAACGCCUGCUGAUAGGGCUUUCGAACAUCGACGAAAGCGCAGAGGCUAGGAAACUGGCGUCGCAGGCUCUUGUGGCAUUGGGAGGAUCUGCCACCUAGUGACGAUUCCUUGAGCCAUUGGGGCUGCCCCAUGCUGGGCCGACUCGAAAGGGGAUUGUUUGUGGAAUGGCGGGUGACUGAUGUUAUUUCCAUUGCGUUCCGCGCAU